CCCGUGACACCGCUACGGCACCAGGGGCUGGGCUCUCACAGGGUGGACGCCAUCCAGGGACUGUCUCCGUGUUCUAGGCUGAUGUCUGCAUGUCGACAGGCCUGGAGAAGCCCAGGAAAGUCACUACUCAGUCAGGAGAAGAUUCUUUGAACUGUCCUCUCCCUCCAGGCUGGCAGAGCUACAUGUCUCCCCAGGGCCGCAAGUAUUAUGUGAACACCUUCACCAAUGAAACCACCUGGGAGCGGCCAAGCGGCGUGCCUGGGACCCCCAAGACCCCUGUGACACAGAAGAGUCCUCUGCCUGCAGUGAAUGGAUAUCACACCCCCCUGACCCCAGCACAUCAACUGGAGCCUGGUCAUAUGAGCCUCAGAAAAAUCGGCAGAGACCCCCAGGUAGGUUUUAUGGAACACUCCAAGCAGAAAAGCAUAAGAAUAGAUGGGGGAGGGGCCUUGUUUCAGCCCCGCACACGCACACGCUCGCUCGCUAAUUCGGAGGAGGCAGCGUGGGUCCAUCGGCUGCUCUGUAGACUGGGGGAGAUGACGUCAUCCACAAAGCAUGUGCGCGAUUCUUUCCUAGCCCAGAUAAAUUGUGUCACUUUUCCCCAUCCGGACACAAUGCCAGAACAACAGUUGCUGAAACCCUCUGAAUGGAGCUACUGUGAUUAUUUCUGGGCUGAUAAAAAGGAUUCACAAGGGAACAACACUGUUCCAGGGUUUGAAAUUCUUCUUCAAAAGCAACUUAAGGGGAAACAAAUGCAGAAAGAAAUGGCAGAGUUCAUUCGAGAAAGAAUAAAGAUUGAAGAGGAAUAUGCCAAGAAUUUGUCAAAACUCUCUCAGAACUCUUUGGCUGCUCAGGAAGAAGGCACCCUUGGAGAGGCCUGGGCUCAACUAAAGAAAAGUCUGGCUGAUGAAGCAGAAGUUCAUCUCAAAUUUUCCUCUAAGCUCCAGAGUGAGGUAGAGAAACCACUGCUCAACUUCAGAGAAAACUUCAAGAAAGACAUGAAGAAAUGUGACCAUCACAUUGCAGAUUUACGGAAGCAGCUGGCUAGUCGUUAUGCAGCAGUAGAGAAGGCCCGAAAAGCUCUAACUGAGAGGCAGAAGGAUCUGGAAAUGAAAACCCAGCAAUUGGAGACAAAGCUCAGCAAUAAGACAGAAGAGGAAAUUAAGAAAGCAAGGAGAAAGUCCACACAGGCUGGAGAUGAUUUGAUGCGUUGUGUGGAUCUUUAUAAUCAAGCUCAAUCCAAGUGGUUUGAAGAAAUGGUGACUACUACUCUGGAGCUCGAGAGGCUAGAGGUGGAAAGGGUGGAAACGAUUAGACAGCACCUUUGCCAAUAUACGCAGCUGCGACAUGAGACAGACAUGUUCAACCAAAGUACCGUAGAACCCGUGGAUCAGUUGCUUCGGAAUGUGGAUCCUGCCAAAGACAGAGAACUGUGGGUAAAAGAACACAAGACUGGAGAUAUCAGACCAGUGGAUAUGGAAAUAUAGACUGAUUUGAUUAGUGUUGUUUAACGGGUCUGCUUGUAUAGCCAGAUUAUUGGAUUCUUUAAAGUGUCAGAAGAGAUACAAGAGUGGAAAAGGGUCAUUCCCCUACCAGUUACCUUGUAUUUAUGCCCGUAGGGACCAUCUUUGUUACAUUUGACCAUUAAAUCAGUUCUCAUUGUAAGGAGCCUUAAGUAUCAAGCAUUCCAGGGUUAAGAAGCCAGAGAUAUCAAUACAUUCUAUCAAAUGCUGCCAUCUGUCAGUGAUAUGCUGCUUUCAGAAGAAACUGAGGACUCUUUUCUGGCACUGAGAGGGCUCUGUUCUCUGGUGAUUUUGUGCUAUGCCCAUUGCAUGACUUUUUUAUGUAGUAUGUUAGAACAGCCAUGCAACAAGCCACUACCAAAUAAGCAGACUAAUGAUUCACACAUAAUGCAGGAGGUAUAGAGGUCCUAAACAAAGAAUCCCAGCUCUGCCACUGACUGGCUGCAUAGCUUUGGGUGUGUCACUUAUUUUUUUCUGGCUCCUCCAAUUUAUAAAAAGCAGCUCUUAAUACUUACCUACCUCACAGGAGUGUUGUGAGGAUAUACCAGCUUUAUAUACUACAUUUUGUUACAAGUUCCUUGCUACUCCAAGAACUCUGAAUACAGUGAGAUGGUGGGACCACUGAAAAAAGUAACUGAGUAAGGUCAUCCCAUUCAGGCCCUUCCUUUUUAUACUCCCUCUCAGGGUUCCAUUAUCAUCAGCAUUUCUAUUAUAGGCUAAUAGAAAAUGAGGCUGAAAGGAAUGUCUUGCAACAUCUAGUUACUAGGAAGGACUUUGGUUGUGCUGUAGCUACCUCAUUAGGUGUCUGAGUGGCCUCACUGACAGAAAGAAUAUCUGCCAUUGAACAAAUUAGAUCUUCAAGUCCAUGCCUGCCUAUGCAGGAUGAUUUUCUAGACUAUCUGUUUUCAAAUAAUUUUUUUAGCACUCUCAUCAAUCAAAUAGAUGCAAAUUUCAAUUGACCUACGUUUUAUUUCCUCCACAUAACUUACAGUUUGGAGGCUUUGGGAUAUUCACUCCCCCAUUUGGUGUUUACACACCUUAGACAUCCACAGACAAUUAGCAGGUCUUCAUUGUUCGAGGUAAUGUCACUAAUCUAUAUCUUUUAAAGACCAGUUUUCAGAGACAUCAAAUAUUUACAAUUUCCACCGACUUCAAAUGCAGUUGAAGCCCCAGCAUUUCAGAAAAAUCAAUUGCUUAACCAUUCCUCAUAAAUAUAGUUCUGUGUCCAGUUUUAUCUGUCCUCUCUGAGUUCUGUGUGUCAGAACUAGAUACAGCUACUCCUUGCUUAACAUUAUAGUCAUGUUCUUGAAACAUGCGACUUUGAGCGAAACGAUGUUAAGCGAAUCCAGUUACAUCACAGUAAUCACCUACUAGCAGGUGGCGGCCAAACAAUGUUAUAACAAUGUUGCAUGACUUUAAACGAGUAUUUUCUCUAAUAGAUCAGCGACAUAAUGAUGAAACAACAUUAACCAGAAUGACGUUAAGUGAGGAGUACCUGUACAAAGCUCACCAAUUCCUUUGAUACAUAUAGCUCUUCAAUGUAAUUUUUGAAUAGCAGGGCUUUUUUUCCCCUUCUCAUUUUAGGCACAAAGGACUGAAAGGGGCCUGUUCAGUGCACCCCAGUCAGAAACCCCCAAACUCAGCUGUGACCAAUGCCAAAAUCUGACAGAGAAAAGUUGAAACAACAAACCAGUAGCAUUCAUGAAGGGGGCGGGGGUUAUUCUUUCUUGGCCUCACUGGUGACCAGCAAAAGCCUUGAAGUAUGGGAUUGCCAGACACCAACCACACUACAAGAGAGUAACCUAUAUACUCCAAAAGAGGGAUUACAUGUAUAUGAUUCCAUAUAUCAUACACAGACCUCUUUAUCAACAAUGAAUGUGUACCAUCACAGCAUCAAUUCUGGAAGCUCACCUAGUUCUAAAUUAAAAUGAUUCAGGUUCUUUGCACACACCACUUGGCAUGGAAGAUCAUUUUAAAACUUUACACCUCGGUGGUUUGAAAUCUUUUUUAAAUUUCCGAUCUAAAUUUAUCCACAGCCAGUUUGUAGCCAUUUGAUCUUGUGCUAGUGUUGUUUUUCAACAUAAAAAUCUUUUCUCCCUCCCUACCAUUCACCAGAUAAAAGUUCUGGUAAUGGGUAAUGAUAUCAUUUUAUUUGUCUUGUUAAGCUUUGCAGUUUACACCUUCACUUUGCCUGAGAAGAAAUCUUGGUUUUCACUCUUCACUUCCCUGGCACCUAAACACUGCACUCUUUUAUUGCUACCACUAUUUUGCUUUUUUUAUCCAGAAUUCUUAAUGUGCUAUAUCAAGAUGGCUAAGAAUUAUGAUCAAGAUUUUACAAAUAGGGAAACUAUCAGAAACUUUUAGAAGAGCUUCUAAAAUCAUUGCAUUCCAAGUGCUGCUGCAAUGAUUGAGUUCCCAGCUUAUUACAAACAUGUCAGUUCUCCACUACAGGCUCUCCAUUCACCAUCACCUCCAUGCCACUAUAUUUUUCAAAGGAGAAUGCCUCCAUAAAAACCUUUAGUGUCAUCAUGCUGUCCCCCCUCAAAAUGUCUGACUAUAAGUUGCUUUUUCCUGAUGCCUACAAAUAGCUUGACUGUGCCCAGGCAAAUGGUGUGUUGUGAUCGUUACUUUUCACUAAAGAUUUGAUUCAUCUGAGUUGUAAGUUGUUUGAAUCUAAGGCCAUUGUUUUGUUCAGUGUGUAUGCACUAUUUAGUGGUACUUUAAACUCUGCCACUGCCAUUCAGAUGGCAAGCAGCCUACAGAUAGGCCACUGAAACAUUGGAGCACAGGCAGACUAGAACCAAGUUAUACAGAUUCCACUUUCACUUUAAGUGUUAUAUCAUUUUGUGUUAAUACACUUUUCCUGUUCUUCCCCAUUUAACACUCCCAGUCCUAUAGUUUGCUUGGGUUCAUUAUUAUAUGGGGGGAUUGGUAUUGCAGUACUUCUCUCUUAUAUCUUUCCCAGUACUGUGGGUGACAGCCCUGUAAAAUAUAGAAUGUGUAGUGACAUUUUUAAUGAAUGUCUUCACAUUUUCACAGUGAAUAUCUUCACAUUUUCACAGUCUUCACUUCUGAAGAGUGUCUUCACUCUUCACAUUUUAUAGAAUGUGUACUGACAAUUUCCAAGAGCACAUUAGGCACAUGGAGCCUAAAUCUCUUUGAAAGUCAGUUCUGUCUAUUGGCACAAUAUUGGCUUUUUUCUAGGCUUCUGAUAUCAUCUCAGUUUUUCAAGAUUUGUCACAGAUUAAAAACAAGAUUCUGGAGAGCUCCUUGUCCAGGUCUUUCAAGACUUCCGGGUAGAUUAUCAGUCCUAUAGGAUUUGUGUAAUGUUAUUUAGUUCUCAGCAUCAUUUCUCCAUGUUAUGUGAAAUUUCAAGACAUAAUGUCCAACUUCAGUUUAAAAAACAGAUCAGAACUAUUAAUUGAGCACUCUGCUGUUUCUGCAUCAUUAUUUACUAUUUUAUAAUUACAACCUAUUAAUGGAACCUACUAUACUGGAAGUAAACUAAUUAAAAAUAUUUUUCUUAUCCCUGUUGACCAUAGGCUUUUCAGUGAAUCCUGUAGUCUUCCAUAGUAAUUACCUGUAUUUCUGAACUUGUAAAACAUUUAUAUUAAUUCCUAUCAACUUUCUCCAUUAUCUUUUUCCUUUUUAAAUGCAUUGAUUUUUUAUUUUUUAAUUAUUUUUCACAUCUUUUUGGAGGAUGUUUUUAGCUGAAAUAGUCCUGUCUUUUGACUACACAGAAUUAUGAAUUUGAGAAUAACUAGUAAGUUAUUCUUAACUCUUAAUUUUAAUUCAUAUUUUCCAAUUUGUACUGGAGUACUGUGUCCAGUUUUGGGCUCCACAAUUCAAAAAGGAUGUCGAAAAGCUUGAGAGAGUCCAGAGAAGAGCCACACGCAUGAUCAUAGGUCAGAAAAACAGACCUUACGAUGACAGGCUGAGAGCUAUGGGACGCUUCAGCCCGGAAAACCACAGGCUCAGGGCUGAUCUGGUGGCCACCUAUAAGUUUAUCAGGGGUGUUCACCAGAGCCCCCCAAGGGAUGACAAGGUCGAACGGUUAUAAACUACUACAAGACCGUUUCAGGCUGGA